CCAUCGUUUGAAGGGACCACGGUUUACUCUGUUUCCUGGCGAAACCAGUUUUGAAGCACUCCUCCAUGCGAACCAACGUUCGAUGACCGUGCAACUUCGUAUUUUGGGCGUACCAUCAGCCCAGCUGCGUUUGGAAAGCAAAAAAGUCUACUUUAAACUCCGACGAAUACUGGAAUUCAAGCAUUGGUUGGAAUACACUCAAGCGUACUGUCACAGGAAGGAAGAGCCACCAUACAAGCUAUUAUUCGACUGUUUCGCACUGGGUGCGUCCCUAGGCGUUCUACUCGACCUACUGGGAUCACCCGCACCGCGCCAUCUCAAUGUCGAUGUAGAGACGUUUGAUUUCAUUGGAGUUUCGCUGGCCGAGCGUGAAAAGUUCUUUUCAAGUUUUCUUUACAGGCUGCAGUUGUUGGAAGUGCAGGGGAGACUUCCUUUCGGGGAGGUUUUACGACCGGAGGAUUUAUUUGGGGGUUCUACUGCAGGGUUUCUGAAGGUAUUGAAAACAGUAUCAAGAAUUAUGGACGCCCUACAUGCGUCUUACCCUGGUUUGUUCUCCGUGCCCGACGGCUACCAAACUAUGAGAAGAGAGAGGGUGCAUGAACUUAUGGAAACGGAGCGCGUUCAUGUUUCCUUUCUGAAGAUGGUCGUUAAUUCGACUGCCGCACUUUCUUCAGGCAGCAAGUCAUAUGAAAGGGCGCUAGAAGGCCUUGUUAUGAAUAUUACUCGACUUCGCCAGUAUCAUGAUCGUGUUUUUCAAAAAUUGGAAUCCUUUACUACGACAGGUCAAUUACUGGAGCAGUGGGAACAAUUUUUUGGGUUCAAUGAUCAAGCUACCAGGUACAAUAUCGCGACAUUCUAUCGCUCGCUUUGUGUCAAUUAUAUCACGCUACAUGAUUAUUUGUAUGAACAGAUGGAUCAGCUCGAGCCGGUUCUGGCUGGUCAUGCUCAAAUUCUUCUCGAUGUUCUCUGUCAUAUUCCGUCCCGUAUUUCCGACUAUCUCUUAAAGUUGCAAAACAUCCUGGCCCUCAGCAUCCCAACUCCGCCCGCCCCGCUCCACUGCCCUCUAAACGCUUUUGAUUCCCUGUGCACAACUAUUUUCUAUUUUGAGGAAAUUUUUAACACCGUUGAUGAGAUUUCCCGACAAUUGCGGACGGUCCAUGCCGCCCAUAUCAUCAGACGGCGUGCUUUUCACUGGUCUAAUAACGUUGACCUUGAUGACCUCGGAAACCUUCUUCUGGAUGAUAACCUCGAAAUACAGGAGUCUGGGACGGUGUACGACGUGUUCCUGUUCGAAGCAAUGUUGCUAUGUUGUUCAAGAGGCCAGAAAUCGCGAACCACAGAAUCUCGCAAUGCAGCGAAUGAAUAUGCGCCGGUUUAUCCUAUCAGACCUUGGGUGUUUGGACCGGCGCUCAGGAAGACUUUCCCACUCAACUUGGAGUACGCCAUACCGACACGGAAUGUGAAACUGUUGAGAAUAUAUAGAUCAAACGGUUUCGACCUGGAAUGGUCUGAUGACAGGGGACGUUCACAUUCCCUCGGAUUUGUUUCUUCAUACGAAGCGCAACACGAACAAUGGUGCUCGAUUCUGCAACUUUUUGCGCUGUCUACGCUACAUGAGGAAGAGAGCGAACCGGAGUCGGAUAGCCUUGAGGAGCAAGCUGAAGUUGUAGUUUCUGACAAUGUGAUUUUCUCAGAAGAAGAAUGUUGUGAUGGAAGACGUCGCACUCGCCCACGUCCAUGGAGUCUCAUUGCGCGCAAAGGCCCACGCUCGGAGGCGUCUUCCGUUAUGCGUCAAGCUGUUCACGAGAACGAAACACUGCUUAGUCCAACCCUUCUUCCAACCCUCUUCGAUAAAUCAUUAUCGAUGAACGAAACUGAACCACUCGAGUUGGAAACGUCUGCUCCCUUUACAUUCACCCACUCACCAGAGAUUUGUUCCCUAGAUGACCCGGAACUACUUGCAAUUCCCGAUCUUACUGGCCAUGUUACAAAGGACGGAAGGUUCCCCGAGGCGCAUGGCGGUUUCGCAGACGUCUGGAAAGGUACGUGGCAUAAUGCUAGCUGCGAAGUAAAGGUCGCUGUGAAGGUGCUGAGGUGUCGGCUUGGCAAUCCUGAAAUAGAGAAGAUGAAGAAGAAACUCGAAAAAGAACUGAGGGUUUGGACGAAGCUUGAUCAUCCAAAUGUGGUGGCGCUGUACGGUACGGUGUCAGAUUUUGGACCUUUCCAGUCCAUGGUAUGCCCUUGGCUGGAGAACGGGACCGUCAGUCAGUAUAUGGAGCGCUGUGGUGAUAUUCUUUCCAUCACCGAUCGACUCCAGCUGCUUUGCGAAGUUGCGGAAGGGCUCAAUUAUCUACAUUCCUUCGGCAUCGUGCAUGGAGAUUUGACUGGUUCUAAUGUUCUGAUCGACAACAAAGGGCGAGCGUGUCUCGGUGAUUUUGGCUUAUCUAGCCUGAUGGCCGACUUUCACGACGGUCACUUCAGUUCAAAUUUUGGCGGGGCAGUGCGGUGGGCAGACGCCUCUUUCUACAAGCUUGAGUAUGAAGAGGAUCAGAUGCCAAGACUAACUACCCGUAGCGAUAUAUAUUCGCUUGGAAGUGUUAUCCUUGAGAUCCUCUCUGGGCGCAUACCUUAUCACUAUGUUAGGAGUGACGCUCAAGUCGUUAUUGAAUUGCACAAGGGCAACAAACCACGACGACCCGCACCCUCAUUUGUGACUGACGCACAAUGGGCUUUGAUAGCUAGAUGUUGGGCGGAGUUCCCGGAGGAGAGGCCGAAUGUGAAGCAAGUUCUACACGAUCUACAGGUUCUGCAUCGUGUCAGUUUGGAAUUCCGGCGACACACUGCUUAAAAUCAUUGUCUUAUUUGUGAUUCAUCCACUCUUUGUUGAUUAUGGACUAAAC